UCUACAAAAUCCAUCCACCACCACCUUCAAAUUGAGCUGAACCAAAUUGUAAUCCCAAACUCUGCAGAACAAGAAGGUAAUAAGGCAGCAUCCCAAAACAUCAGCAGAACAAGAAAGCAGCAGCAGAACAAGAAAGCAGCAUCCAAAACAGGGGUUCGCCUGGUAGAUGAAAUGGAGAUCAAAAUCCGUUCACCCAUUACUCAGUAUACAGUGACCCGUGCUGGUGCAGCCUCCAAUUUAAUAGGAAGUGUUAAUGCUUCAGAAGAUGAAGACCCACCGGAUGAUGGUCCAGAAGAUCCUCCUACCAAUGUGAUGCUAUCAACUGAACAACCUCCAUAUUGGACUGAGUUUAUGGCCAUGGAAGAACAACGUUAUAAUCAACGCGUUCAAUGGGAACAGCAAAUGGCUAAUCAGGUUAAUUCGUUGGGUACUCAGUUUGAUACAUUUGCCACUGCGCAGAACUCAUUAAUUCAACAAUUUGGUGAGUUUCGUGUGGACAUUGAAAGACGUCAUGAAGUGGCAAACAAUCGCAUAGAUAGGAUUGAGCAUCACGUAAAUGACAUAUACCAUCACUACUUCCCUCCUCCACCACCACCACCAGAUAAUGACUGUUGAUGUGUUUGACAUUAUGUAUUUUAACAACCUUUUGUUAGGUUAUUAUUCAGUUAUGAUUUUCUGGUAUAAAUCAUGUUAUAGUAGUCAUGUUAUAAAUCAUCUGAUCUACUACAUUCAAUAAAGGUUCUCUUACUAGUUCCUUA